CGCGGUUCCCGCUCCCAUGAACGUCGGCAAACCCAAGAUAUCGUUGAAUUGUCGACGUCGGCGCCGCGGCCGACGGCGCGCUCGCACGAUGCAUGGCGCCGAAGCGCGUUAGGUGGUCCUCAAUGCACAGCUGGUGGUAUCCCUAUUACGUGCGUCUCGUUCUCAGGGCGCACAACUCUCAGCGCGUUCGCGCCUUCUCUCAUGCCGUGCAUACCUUCCAUCGCACCUCCCGUGCCUUCUCUCGCGCCGCCCGUGAUCAGGCGGUCGCUGCUCGUCGGACGGUGGCCCUUGCAAAACUAACAAUGGCUCUACAGCCCUAUUUUCUGUUCAUUAUAGGUGACGAUGAAGAGCACGUUACCGUGUAUUGGCUCCGCUAACGUUUCACGGCGGAUGUCCUUCGCGGAUGUCGGGACUAACACAAGGGCGUGUCGGACCAACAAAGGC